GCAGCUCGUGCCGGAGCGGGGCGAGCAGGAGCGGUUCGUGGCGGGCGGCAAUGGGGACGCAGGGGGCCGGGCGGAAGCGGCUCCCCAACCGGGAGCGGCUGACGGCGGAGGACGAUGCGCUCAACCAGAUCGCCCGGGAGGCUGAAGCAAGGCUCGCAGCAAAGCGAGCAGCACGAGCUGAAGCACGGGAGAUCCGAAUGAAAGAACUUGAGAGGCAGCAGAAGGAGAUCUAUCAGGUCCAAAAGAAAUAUUAUGGUCUGGAUACAAAGUGGGGUGACAUCGAGCAGUGGAUGGAAGACACUGAGCGUUAUUCUCGUAGAUCCAGAAGAAAUGCCUCGGCUUCAGAUGAAGAUGAGCGCAUGUCAGUGGGUAGCCGUGGAAGCCUGAGGUCUGACUUGGAGUAUGCCAGUGCCUAUCCAGUGGCUGGAUUAGAGAAUGAGAGGACCAAAAAGAAGAACUUCAAAGCAAGCUCCAACUACAGCGGGGAGAGCAGAAGAUCUACAAAGAAGUCAUCCAGGGAGGAGAAGUCGGCAUCUCUGUAUGAUGAGAGCAUUUACAGUGGGAAUCAUCGAUAUAGUGCCUCUAGUUCUCGUGCUCCAUCGGAGUACAGCUGCUACCUCGGCUCCGGAUCUCGGGCAUCUUCUAGAGCCAGCUCUGCUCGGGCAAGUCCAGUGGUUGAAGAAAGGCCAGAAAAAGACUUUGAGAAGGGAGUUCGUACUGUGUCAAGCUUAUCAGCAGCUACACUAGCAUCUCUGGGUGGAACUUCCUCCCGAAGAGGCAGUGGGGACACCUCCAUCUCCGUUGAUACUGAGGCAUCCAUUCGAGAAAUUAAGGAUAUCAAUGAGUUAAAGAACCAGAUUCAGGAUGUAGAAGGCAAAUACAUGCAGGGAUUGAAAGAAAUGAAGGACUCCCUAGCAGAAGUUGAAGAGAAAUAUAAAAAGGCUAUGGUGUCUAAUGCUCAACUAGACAAUGAGAAAACCAACUUCAUGUACCAAGUCGAUACCUUGAAGGAUGUAUUGUUAGAGUUAGAAGAACAGCUGGCAGAAUCCAGGAGGCAAUAUGAAGAGAAAAGCAAAGAAUUUGAGCGGGAAAAGCAUGCUCAUAGCGUAUUGCAGUUUCAGUUCACGGAAAUCAAGGAGACCCUGAAGCAAAGAGAAGAAAUGCUCGAGGAAAUCCGACAGCUGCAACAGAAACAGGAGAGCUAUAUCAGGGAAAUUUCUGAUCUUCAGGAGACGAUAGAGUGGAAAGACAAAAAAAUAGGGGCCUUAGAGAGGCAGAAAGAGUUCUUUGAUUCCAUAAGGAGUGAGCGGGAUGACCUCAGAGAUGAGGUGGUUGUGCUGAAGGAACAACUGAAGAAACACGGAAUAAUCCCAAACUUGGAAGUAGCCACCAAUGGAGAAGCUUUAGAUGGUCUCGAUAAUGAAGCACAUUCAGAUUCUACCAAGAUUACUCCAGGAGCAACUCAGAUUCUACAGACAACUGGGGAUGGGACACUAGGCAGAGCGAAUGAAGUGGAGAUGAAAGAUGAGAUUUUGGAGGAUGUGGGGAAAAGAGAAAUCUUGCAGAAUACUGAGCAUGAGGAACACAAAGAGGAGUCUGAGGAGCGGGAAAUUGUAAAGGAGUGUACGGAAAUAAAGACAUUGCAUGCUGAUGAAAAUACAGAGGCAGAGAAAACCAUGGAAGACAAUGAUGUCACAUCAACAGUGAUGUUAAGUAGUGGACGUGAGGAACAAAUUCAAAGCCACACAGAACGUGUUUCAGGAAAUGUUUCUUCCACUGAAAAUAGUGAUGUAAUUGAGUUGAGAAAGGAAACAGAAUCAGGAGAUGAUAGCAUAGAAGCCCAACAGUCUGGUAGUAAGGAAUCUGAACAUAGUAGUGAUUUAAAUCACUUGACUAAUGAGAAUGGGGAAACAGGUACACUGCAUAGUCAGGGCACUGAGACUCCUCAGAGAAUACCUACUGACUUAGACACAGAGCAUGAAUCUGAAAGAGUUGCGCAAGAGCAGAAAGUAAAACAAGAGGAUUUUACAAUUUGCCAGAGAGAAGGCAGAAUUGAAAUAUUUCAGGAAGCUCUUGAUUUUGUGGUUAGCAGCCCUGCGUCAGCUUCUAAUCAGUCGGGAUCACCACAAGGUGCAAGAGCAGGUAUAGGUAUUGAAGAAUCACAUGUGGAGGUUCACACUGAAAGUCUCUGUCAAGCAGAAGAAAGCACUGAAAAUAAGGUUAUGAAUAGCUUGGAGAAACUUGAUGAAGAUGAAGGGUGCAUAGACAGAACAAUUAGUAAAGUAGGGAGUGGUAAAAAUGAGAGUGAUACAGCCGAAGAAGAAAAUAAGGCUGGAAAUACAGUUCCAAGUCAGGGAAGGAAAGAAGUAGAUUCUGUGGAAGGGGAGAGAGAAGCAGCAUGUGAAAGUGAGGUCACACCAAAUACAAUUGUAAAGGAACAAAAACCAGAUGAAACACAUACAGUGUCCACUUUUUCAAAGAGCGAUCUGAUAUUAGCGGAAGAGGAAGGAAAUAUGCAAGAUGAGGCAGAGAAUGAGAAGGAUAUUAUUGGGAGGGGACAAACAAAAGACAUAGGAAAGAUGGAAGAAUUGACAGGCAUUUUGGACAUACAACCAGAUUCUGAAAACAAAAAGGUGGAAGAGGAGGAACCUGUGGCAUCCCGAGAUGAAUUAGCAGAGAUAAAAGAGUAUGUAUCUCAUCAGACAGGGCAGGACCAAGAUGUCAUGAAAGAAAGUCAAUCCCAAGAAACUAUUUUAGUUCCUAGUCCCAGCGAUCAUGAAAUUGAGGAGUCAAACACAGAAAUGUGGGAUGAAUCUAGGAAAGGAAAGGAAAGUAGAAGUGAGUUGAUGGAAGAUGAGAGAACACAGGUAGAAACCCAAACAAUUAAGUACAGAGAAGAAAUAAAGAAUAAUCCAAUGCAAGAAAAAGAUAAGACUGUAGAAAAUGAAAUGCAGAAAGUAGUUAAACAAGAGGAAGAUGACUCUAGACAGGAAUUGAUUCAAGAUGUCAAUGUAAUUAUUGAAGAGAAAGUUGAUGAUAAAGAGGCACCAGUGGAAAGUAGCGAGAAGCUGGAUCUUCCAGACCAGCAGCAUGAUAGAUUCGUUUCUGAUGAUAGUUCAUUGCAGAAAAUCACUGAACUAUCACAGCAACUUAGUGAAUCCCUUGAAGGCAACACAAAAGAAACGGAAGUUCAGAACACUGUGUUAGAUGAUGCAUGUCAACUUAGCAGAAAAGAAAGGGAUACAAAACAGAUGGGAAAUGGGAAUGAGGAAGAUGAAAAUAAAGAAAUAGAAGAGCAACAUGAAUUUCAAGAAGUUAAGAAACUGGACGUUGAUCCACAUGUUGAGGAAGAUGCUGAUAACCUCAAGACACAGAAAGCAGAGCUGGAUGAGAAGCCUAAUGAACAAGUUGAGGUGGAGGGUCAAGAGGAGGAAAUAGUGGAAGAUGAUAGUAAAAAAAUUGAUUUUGAUGAUGAAUUAGGGCAGAUAUUAAAAACUCCUGGAAAGCAUGAUGCUGAGAAAGUUAAUACACAAACGUUGGAAGAAAUUAGGGAAAAGGAAAUAGUCACAGAAACUGCCAAAACAGAAAAAAGUGAAAAGGAGGAAACUCAUCAAAGCAGAACACAGAGAGUAGAGAAUGAGGGCAUGCUUAUUAAAGGCAGUGCUAGUAUCCAGCAGGAAAAAGAAAAGGGAGCUGAAGAAGCUGCUCAUUUGCAAACUGAUGCAUCUCAGUCUGCAGCUCCAGAAAAAGCAUGUGAUCUGGUGGAGGAUGAAACUGAAAAUGAAAAAGUGUUAGACAGCAAUGUCGUGGAAAAAAUAACUGAUGGAUAUUCAUCAGAACAGGAGUUAGGAAAUGUAGGCAACACUAGGGAUGAAAGCAAAGAGGAUACGCAAGCUAGUAGAAGGGGCAAGGGUAGAUCUAAAGAAGAUUGUAUGAUAUCAUGAGUUCAAAAUCUAGGACCCAAAUAAGUUACAUACCAUUCUAUCGGUUUCAGUACAAAAAUGCAUUUUGCACAAUAAAUCAGACUUUAGAAAUACUCUUUAAGUUUCUCUGUAUGCAAGUCUCAUAGUACAAUGUCAAUCUAUAUAUAUGGACAUCCAUCCAAGUUAUUUACUGAGAUAUAUGUUCACCAGAGAUUAAACAUGUAGAUUUGUUUUUAAUCUCUCAGGUUUCAUAUUUUAUCACCAAAAGAACAAGCAGCACAAAUGUACUGUUCAGGUUCACGUCUAGUUAAAAUGCUUUGAAGGCAGAUAUCUCCUACCAAGAGACCUUAAAUACUGCUCUUAUUUUCUAGACUAGUUUUAGCAAAUUAGAUGUUUUAAAUGUACUUAAAUACCUGCCAUAGGUCUCUGUUAGGUACAUUAUCGCUUCAUGGUCACUAUCAUAAAGCAACUCUCAAGUAUUACAGCACUGUAAUAAUAUCCAAACUUCUUUGUGAAUACCUGAAGAUUCCGGAACCAAAACCCACUUUUUAUGUGAUUUUAGUAUGAACACAUUCCAAAGCAUGGUAUAUAAGAUAAACACAUGAAAUGCCAAAAUAGUAGUUAGGUCACUGUGAAUCUGCUUAGUCUGCACACUUUGAAAGAACAGUAGAGAGUUUUAAGAAAGUAAAACUUGUUAGUCUUCUAAAAGGAAUAAGUGUAUCCAUGUUUACUUAAUCUAGGCACUUUGCACCAGAAUAAGCCUUCUACAUCAUGUCUCACGUGCUUUUUUAAUUUUUUUUAGGAUUGUUUUGGUACACACACUGUGUGUAGAUUUUCUGUCAAGUACAUUUUAUUGCAGUUAAUAGUAUGAUAAAAUAUCUAUUAUUCUUAGAGGAAAGUUUGUUUAAAUUGCAUUUCCUUAUUGCAUUGUCUUUUUUGCGAAAAUAUGGUUAUGAAAGAAUGUUUUCUUAUCUCAAUAUAUACUUUUUUCCUUCCUCCUUGCCAGGAUGAAGUCAAUUUUGAAUGUCUUAAUCUUUUUGAAUGUCUUAAUCAGAUAAUUGGUAUUGCUCUUUAUGUACUAGUGCCCAUAUAGCCAAACCUGCCUUUUUGAAAAUCUCUUUCAACAGCUAGAUUGCUUGUGAUAGCCUGAAUAUAAACAGUAGAGAUGUAUGUCUUUUAUUUGCACGUUUUAAACCAGCUGGGAAGAAAUAUGCUUUUUGCAAGAGAAAACAUUCUUUUAAACUUGUUUUAAGCAAUGAAAUGGAUGCAAACUCAAGGUUUUGGGUGGUCUAUAGCAAGAUAUUGCUUGUAUUGCUGUUACAAAAUUAGUAGAGUGCAAAUAGAUUGAAAAGAUUCAAGAUGUAUAUCACAAAUGUACUGAGCUGUAUAUAAUUGAAAUAAACUUAUUUUACACUUUAAAAUACCUGUCCAAAGCACUACUUGCAAACCUGCAUAAAAUUCAAUCUAAACCGAUGAGAGAUUCUAAAAGCUUUUUUUGUAAAAAGGCAUUGCACAGUGGCCUCUCAAACACUUUAUGUAUUAUAAUUUCCCUAAAUGUCUAACUUCUUUCUUAUUGACAAUUUUUCCUCCAUGCUCAUUAUAGAUAGUAGAAUUCAUGUGAUAUAAUUCUGCUAAGAAACCUUGACCUCCACAUCCCAGGAAUUUAACAUGAUAUUGCAUGAGUCAGUAAUUUUAAACCUACAGUGCCUUUUACAUGGCUUCCUUUCUGACACUGUGAUGGCAGCUUUGGUGCAGUUUCUGUGAAAAUGCGCAAUCCUUAAGUUGAGGACAAUAAAUGUUAAUAUUGGAAUAUAAUCAUUAUAAUAUUAAUCUGAUGAACUGCUACAGGUCUUCAAAGCACCUCUUACUGUAUAGCACAGUUAACUAGUAUGAAGAUUUUUUCAUUGCUUGAAUCUCAAAGGGAAUAUAAAUAAAUGUGCUAAUUAGACUUUGUCAAUAAUUAGGAAGUCAUAAUUAGAUAUGUGUUAGAAUGAUGCCUAAUCCACUGAAGCAUAUACCAGCACUUGGUAUGUCUGGAGACAACUUGUUCAUAAGGAGAAAUGUAAUUUAAAUAUUUCUGAGAUAAUUAUGGGGAAGUUAGUACUGGUUUUUCAGCAUGUGCACACCUGUAAGAAUUUUUUACAACAUUUGUACAGGGCCAGGGAAACAGAUACAAUGAUGACUCAUUUAAUGAUUGGUCAUAUUGUCAUCUUCUGUUUUUCCAAACUUAGGCUCUGUCUACACUGAGUAUUUGCCAUGAUUUCAGCAUUCAGUGCCCAGCCAUCAAUGUAGCAGAGUUUUACUGGUGCAGCUACCUCCGUGACUGGCCACCAAUUGCUGAAAUCAGGGCAAAUACCCAGUGUAGAGAAGGCCUCUGAGUUCUUAGGUCAUUUUCUGAUGUGAAUCUCCACUCAUUUUUGUAUGUAUGCUUUGGGUUAUGUGCAUUGCAUGAGUGUGGUUCCAUGCAGGCAAAUCAUCUUGAAAAGAACCACAGAUAAUAUGGAAAAAUGGUUACUUACCAGUCCUCCAAGAUUACACAGAUGGCACUCAGCAAAAUGUGUACUGGUGUAUAGGAAACAUGACUUCCCAUGUAAUAAUACCAAAGAUUAGAAAGCAUGCAACUGAAAAUCAGAUUCUUUGGUGUGAUACUUCCAUAGUACAUAACAGCUCACGCUUAUAGCUACAACUGCUUUUAGCUGUGGAGGUCCCCUGGUCAAUCUCAUAUGAUGGCAGCUGUCACAGAUGGAGAAAGUAAUCGGAUGGUUUAAUUAUAGUGGACUUGAAUCAUCCUUCAGUCAACAAAAGCACAAAUUUGUGGAGGAAACUCAUUGACUCUAAUGAAAUUCAUGUCAUGUCUGUAGUUUCUUUUGCAUGUGGGGCUAUUAAGUGAUGAGAGCUAGCCUUUGGGGCCCUCCAAAGCCAGUGGCCAAUGACUCCAGUUUAUCUGGGUAUCUAGCAAUGGCAGUGCUAUUCUCAGCUUUCAUAUUUAAAAAAAAAAAGUUCCUAGUACUCGUCUGUCUAAAACUAAUCUUGAAAAUUAGUCUCUGAAAUUUUCCUAAAGAUUCAUGGUUUACUUGCAGUCUACCACCACCAUCUUUUAGUUGCCACGCUGGCCUUUUGUGUCCAUGUAACCCAGGGUUUGGGUAUGGUCCCAAUCCCAAAUCAGUUGACAGGUCUAUGGGAGCAGUACUGCCCAUGCUGCUACUGAUGGCACUAUGACUCCUGCAAGUUCUCCCACUUGGCUUCUUGCAACUGACUAGCUACACUGCUGGGCAGUCAUAGCGACUUCUGGCCACAACUAGGAUCGUUGAAUAGCAUGAGACAAAGCAUAGGUUAAAUGUGGGAUGGAAAACAAAGGUCUCCUGUAUCCACAUCUCAGCUCUGGCACUCUCUGUAUAGCCUUUGUCAAGUCACAAACUCUGUUUUAGUUUUCACCAUCAGCAAAAUGGGAUAGGCUUUACCUGUAAAGUAGGAAACUAGCUACCACACAUAAAAGGCACUGUGGACUUCAGUAGACUGGAGUUAUAAUCCUAGUGCCCCUCAGACAUUCGGCUUGUUAGAAAACGCCAAAAUUUCAAAAUAAAAAUACAGUGGGUUUGUGGAUUUUUCUUCACAGACCCCAGUAAAAGCUCCUUUUUUAUGUGUGUGAGGAGGGGUGGAAGGGGAGAACCUAAAGAACUCUUUUUAUACACCUCCCCCCCACACACAGAAUUUUGUUUGUACCUAGAAGAACCAUUUCACUUGCCCUCCCUCAAAUCCUCACACCUGCACGAGAUUCAUGUGAUUGAAGUAGUCAGGAGUCCAUUAUGUUGUGGGGAGUAAUGAGAGAAACUCCUUUGCAAAUGCCUCCCAAAAUGCAAAGGGCAACUCUAAAAAUAACUGACAAUUGCUUCUAUUCUGGGCACUGCAGAUAUAUUUCAAACACAAAAGGUAUAUGUUACCAUACUGUAAAUACUGUGGUAGUUGUGUAAUAAUUAUAUGUAUAUAGUUGCGCAUGGUUAAUUUAGCUUCCAGAAUUAAAUGGACCAUUUAGCAGGUGUCGUUAACUUUAAAAUGGGACAUUCUGCCCUAAAUUAAACCUCAUUCUUUAGCAGUUUGCUUUCUGGUUCGUCUUCUGAUGUUUGGCUUCCAACCCUGUCUCCAGCCUUGAAAUACUAUUCCUUGUUCUUCUAUUCUUUGGCUUUAUUUCCAUUUCUCCUCUAUUUUCCUUCUUUAAGCAGAGUAUUCUGCUCUCCACUUCCCUUUGCUUUUCGGCCACUGUAUCUGCACAUGCAUAUAUGUUUCAAACCAAGUUAUUUAUUUUGCAGGACUUACCACGUGUCAUAUGUGGGUAGUCGGCCGUCCUUCCCUUCCUCUCCACCCCAGCUUUCAGUUUCGUAUCAGGAAAGUUUUGCUUUCCCAAGAACGUAUACAAAAUGUGGUUUCACAUCAAUGCCUGACCACCACAAUGAUGGGUGUUCUUGAAAUUCCCUGUGUCUUGUUCAUUCUUGGACAGUUCUGAGUGCUGAAUGCUUUCAUACAGUAGACGUACAAUGUUGCUGAACUGUCAUGUUACUUAUGAUAUGUGUGUUUGUUGUAUAAGACACCGCGGAUAAAAAGGUGCAAUUUCAUAAUCUUAAAAUGACCUCUUUGUGAUUAUAUGCACACCACAGUGACGAAUUACUGCAUUAUCCCAAGUUACCGUUGUUAGUUGUAGAUUUGCCUUAUAUAGAGGCUUCCAUUUAAAAAUUCAACAUUUUCUCAUUUACCGCACACUGGUGUCAGCGAUGCCACAGUUAUUUCCUGUGUUAAGUGUCAACAAAGAAAAAGGAUAAUAAUGUAUUGAGGACCUUUUGCAUAUAUAAGAUCUAAAAAGCCUGUCUGUUUUCAUAUUUUAAAAAAUUCAAAACAUACAGUGUAGGUCUCUUUACACAAAUUAUAUCCUUAGGAAUAUAUUCAGUAAAAUCUAUAACUGAUUUGAGUUGUCAAUUGCAAACUCUAAGAAAUGCAAGAACUCUUUUUCCUGAAUGAACUUCUAAUGUUGGCAGUUAACUUAGUAGGCCAGAUCCUGAUGUGGUAAUUGAGUAUUCAGCACUUAUAGGUUGGGCUCUAUGUAGCUGACUGCCUAUCUGUAAGGAGUGCUGUGGUGGUGUAGCUGCAUUGGUCGCAGGAUACUAGAGAGACAAGGUGGGAGAGGUAAUAUAUUUUAUUGGACCAACGUCUGUCCACUCUGUCUCUGUCUGUAGGGAGGACAAAGUAAUAUACAUGCUCUACAGAAUAAGUAUAAAACAAAACACUGAGCAGCUUGUAGAAAGGAAAAUUCUGUUGGUCAAAUUCAGCUGCUCUAAAGGAAUACAUUUUUCAAUGUAUUUUGUUCAGUAUAAAGGUAAAAUAAACUUGGUGGUAAUGUAGCUCCAUGGUUCAUAAAAUCACUUGUUGCAUAAAACAUAUGGCACCUGCUGAAAUGUUUCCCUUUGCCUCAAAGGGAAGAGACUAGUGUUUGUUUACUCACUUCACUUUUCUUUUCUCAAAAUUAUCUUUUUAAUUCUGCAAAAUAGUGUGUUCUCUUGUAUUUGUAUACGGAUCCCUGUUGCUUCAAAAUUCAGGACUAACACAGCAAGUUGUCUAAGCCAACAAUCUCCUAUUUAUAUUCCACCUGAAGGACUAAAAUGGAGGGAACCACUUCAUGAGACUUUAUUUCUUUUUUUUUUUAAAUCACACAGGCAAAUGUUUUACUAGUGAUAACAAAAGAAAAUGUAGCCAAGCUACUUAGUUACAAAGAUUUUAGUAAAGAUUUUAAAAUGUUAACAUGUGAUUAGCAGUGAUUGCAGGUGUAUAUAAUCUCUUGCUAAUAUUACAUUUUAAAGAUUUGUGAGAUUUUUUGUGUUGCAGUUGUGUUUGACCCUAGAGUUCUUGCAUGCUAACCUAAAGUAGAAGAUUAGCCUGUUUGCAUGCAGCUGGGUGCUGCUACUGAAGUGACAAGCAUGCCCAGUGAGAAUGACAUAACUUCCUUUGGCUGAAACCCCUUCCCAGUCCUGUCUGUGACCUCAUUUCCUGUGACAGACUGAAAAUACUCAUUGGUGAACGAGAAUCCUUGCUAGAACAG